AGUUCGAAGGAUGAAGAUAGUUUGACGUCCCAUCUUCGAGCGAAUCGAGGGGUUUACAUCGGAAAUAAGACUGGGCUACCAGGAUGUUCUUAAGUGGCUGUAGUAAAAAGGAUGAUUGAUCAAAUAUGGAGGAAGAAAAAACCGAACCAAGACCUCCGGUAUCCACACAAGAAAUAUUACAGUUGCCGGAUUUUGGGAUUGGUCUGGAGUGUGUGACCUGGUCGCGGGUAGCCUUGACAACAGAUAAAUGGAUGGCAGUAAGACACAGCUCCAACGGGGUCAACUCCCAGUUGACUGUAUUAAAUCCAUUAGACGGCAGCAUCAAAUACUCCAAACCCAUCGAAGCAGACUCUGUUCAAGUGAAUCCAUCACAACCAAUUAUAGCGGUCAAGUGUGGACAGAAACUGGAGGUUUAUAAUUUUGAAUCAAAUGCCAUGAUCAGCAAAUCAACGAUUCAUGAACCAAUCGCCUUCUGGACCUGGCUUAACUCGGAUGUCAUUGCAAUGGUUACAGAAAAUUUCAUUUACCAUUGGGAUUUAGGAAAAGAUAACUACCCAAUAGAGAAGAUGUUCAUGAGACACAGCCGUCUGGCGUUCAGCGAGAUCAUUGGUUACAAAGCAGACGCCAGCCUGAAGUGGCUAGCCAUAACAGGCCUGAUACCUGAGGAUGAGAAGAUUACCGGGACCACACAGCUGUACAGUGUAGAUGAGGACAUCACUCAGUGUAUCGGGGCCCAUGUGGUCUGCUUCAGCAGUUACCAGUACUCUGACAAUAUGGCUCCCUCCACCAUCUUCUGUGUAGGGUCACGAGAUGCACAGGAUCAUGGGAAGAUUCAUGUCAUUGAGCUUGGACCUUAUAAGAAUGGUAAUUUUGCCCCAAGGAAUAGCUACGAUCACAUCCAGUUUCUAGAUGAUGCGGACCGGUACGAUUUCCCUGUUGCCCUCCACGUGUCCCCAGACAUUGGCUUGCUCUUCCUGAUCACCAAGUAUGGCUAUUUGUACCUCUGUGAUCUGGAGAGCUGUGCGUGUUUGUGCUCCACGAGGAUAUCCACCAGCAUCAUCUUCUCCUCCACCUUGAACUCCACCACACACGGGAUUCUGGGAGUCACUCGCAGCGGCCAGAUUAUCAGCGUGGAUGUAGAUAAGGAUGACCUUGUGACCUAUGUCAGAGGUCGUGCUAAAACAGCCAAUCAGGCGGACCGGCUGGAGAAGGCCAUUACACAACUAUAACAGGUGCUACUGCUGGCGAACAUUGUCGUCAACAGCCUUAAAGUUGAAACAGGGCAUUAAUCAUGUCUCAAAGUUGUUUUUUUUUAUGUUUAUUAGAGAUGAGUGUUCAACUUGUUUUAAAUGGGUUUUUUUUCCUUUUUUAUGUUCAUGUACAAUGUAUAAUCAUUCAGUGUUCUGGAGUUGUUUGGUGGAAGAUUUUUGUUUUUUCCAUAUUUGUU